UAGCUGUUUCGUUUUUUUUCCAUAUAUCGACAUGUAUUCCUGCCGACUGAUCCUGUCUGUCUCUGUGUCUGUGUGUUUUCCAGACUGUCCUGAUCUCACGGCCGGCAGCCUGGAGCCCCUCACCAGGUGCCCUAUAAAGCUGCACACUCUCACCCUGUCCGGCGGCGUCCCUGACACCGUGAGCCUGGAGCCCCUCACCAGGUGCCCUGGGCUUGAGCGUCUCACCCUGUCUGGCGGCGUCCCUGACACCGUGAGCCUGGAACCCCUCACCAGGUGCCCUGGGCUGCAGUAUCUCACCCUGUCCGGCGGCGUCCCUGACGCCGUGCUGGACAGUCUCAGCGGCUGCCCCGGGCUGAAGGUCCUUACACUGGGGGACCUCCAGCGGCCGGCAGAGACGGCCUUCACAGCAGCAGCGGUCACCAGACUGGUGAAGUCGUGUCGGAAGCUGCGGUAUCUGCACCUUCACUGCACGGCAGACACCACCCGGGCCGUGCUGACCGCCCUGAAGGAGGCGGACCUGGGCCGGCGCAGUUAUGGCCUGCCCCGUACCAUCUAUCUCCAUGUCCCCGGGGAGCUGUACCGUCAGCUGAGGAGCCAGGGAAGCGAUCAGAGAUCUGACACCAACUACGGGCUGGACGAGCCGCCGAGCGGCCUGCCGACCGACCGCUCCCCCAGCGACAUCGUCUGGUUCAAGGACGGCCGCCGUCUGCCCGCCGCCGCCAGCCGGCCGGCUCUGCAGCUGACCGGCGGCAACCGCUCCGUGGCCGGCAUGUACCAGUGUCACGUGACCGAUACCUCGCCACCACCCAG